AGCGCGCGGGGAGCGGCCUUCAAAAACGAUACAACGAUGGAUCUGGAACAAGCUUUGGAGCGCGUCCUCCAAAAGGACAUGAGCAAGCGCCUGCAGUUUGGGCCCGAUCUCGUGGAUUACUUCGGCGACUCGGAGCGCUCUUCCGACCUGGAGGCUGACCCCGGCACGCUGGACAAGAUCGUCGACGGCCUGCUGGCGUGGGUCUCCACCAGCCACUACAAGGUUUGUCUUCUGGGAAUGGACGUCCUGGCUGUGUUGGCAGAGCGCUUACAAGAGAAGUUCAAAAACCAUCUCAAAUCGAUCGUGCCCGUGCUGUUGGACCGGCUCGGAGACACCAAGGACCAGGUUCGAGACCAGACACAGACUCUUCUGCUCGCCUUGAUGGAGCAAUGCGCGCCCCCGCAGUUUGUUUGGGAGCGGCUGGUGCCGGGAUUCAAGCACAAGAACAACCGCGUGCGGGAGGGCACCUGCCUGUGCCUCACCACCACCGUCAGCACGUUUGGGGCCAAGUGCCUGACCCUCAGCAAAAUGGUCCCCUUCCUGUGUAGCCUCUUGGAGGACGCCAAUGGCCAGGUGCGGGACGCAGCGUUGGGGAGUCUGGUGGAGAUUUACCGGCACGUUGGCGAGAAAGUUCGCGCCGACCUGGCCAAGGGCAAGGGAAUCCACCAGGCUCGGCUCAACUCCCUGUUCGCCAGAUUCGAUGAAGUUCAGAGCUCGGGAAGCAUGAUUGCUACAGCAGGCAAGAGCUUCGAGGACGACGAUUCGGUGGACGGGAACCGCCCCUCCUCUGCCAGUUCCACCUCUUCCCGGACUCCGGCUCCUCGGCACGCCACCUCCUCUUCAGCGCGGGUUUCCAGCGCCGCCUUCAGCAAGACCCCUUCCGCGGCUUCCAAAGAAGGAGCCGGCGCCGUGGACGAGGACGACUUCACGCGCGUGUUUGAAGAAGUCGCUCUGGUGCACGUGCACUCCAGUCGGGAGCUGGAGGAGUCCAUUAGCGGUGUCCGUGACGUGCUGUGCGACGACAAGAACGACUGGGAGCAGCGCGUCGCAGCGCUGAAGAAGUUGCGGGGCUUGCUGCUGGCGGGAGCGGCAGAGCAGGACUCCUUCCCUGGCCACCUGCGCCUGCUGGAGCCGGCGUUCAAGCUGUCGGCCAAAGACCUGCGCUCGCAGGUGGUGCGGGAGGCCUGCAUCACGCUUGGGUACGGCUCUAUUCACGCACCCGCCCGCCCCGCCGUACGUUCAUCCGUCUGUGCUGCCACCGUCGCCGCCUCCCC